CUUUAUGAAUUUGAAAGUUUUCGACCGAAAAACCAACUCCCUUUUCUUCUUUUCCAGCGACGGUUAUGGUGGUAGUGAAAUGGAACCCGAUGUUUACAAUUAGAGCUCUCAGAGGCUCCUUUCUGAAUUCUGAUCGCACACAACCGAAGUGUCAGAGUCUUGCGUCCUCCGGAGCUCACAUUUAGGACUUUUCCGGCAGAGAAGAAUCGGAAUCGGACAGUUAGGUCUUUCAGCUUUGAGACGUUUCUGGCUUGCGAUCACCUCUGAGGUUCAGAGGAGAGCUCGAUCUCGGACACUUAUUUUGGUGGGACAAUGAAUUUCCUUAUGCGGUCAAGUCAUGUACAACGUGUGUCGGCAGAACAACCGUCUGUUCCUGAACCACCUGCAGAUGCUCACCCUACCCCAAAAUCAGCAACAACAUUGGAGGGUCUAAUUGCUGAAGAUUCAUAUCCACAAUAUUCCACAAUCGAUGAUCAUGUUGGAGAAAGUGAAUAUAGAGGUGAAAAUGCCAUUGGUGCAAAUAAUGAAUCUUCUGUCAUAGCAAAGCAUUAUGACGUAUCUGAUGAGGAGGGAUGGAUUGCCAUUCCAUACAAAGAACUCCCUGAUAAUUGGAAUGAUGCACCAGAUAUACAUUCAUUACGCUCUCUGGACCGCUCCUUUGUUUUCCCCGGUGAACAAGUUCAUAUCCUUGCAUGCUUGUCAGCUUGUAAGCAGGAUACAGAAAUUAUUACUCCCUUUAAAUUAGCUGCAGCCAUGAGUAAAAAUGGCAUAAGACAAAGCCCAAAGAAACAAAAUGGAAAUGCUGAAGAGGGUAAUGGUGCAUUGUUGAGAAAAGGAGAAAUGAGUCCUGACAGUCAAGGUGCAGAACAAAAUGGUGAAACCCUGUCAAAAGAGAAGACUGAACUACAAAAGGAUGUUACUGAUAGUGAAUCCCUUCUUAGAAUGGAGGAUCACAAAAGACAGACUGAAAUCUUAUUGCAAAGAUUUGAGAGGUCUCAUUUUUUUGUUAGGAUUGCAGAGUCAAGUGAGACACUUUGGUCAAAAAAAAGUGCUCCUAAGAAAUCUUCAGUAUCUCUUGGGAUGGAUGGUCAAGAGUCUAAGGAAAAUGGAACCCAGAAAAAUGCUGUAAAUGUGUCUCGACUUAAUGCUAUUAUUGAUAAAGGAAAUUUUGAUCCCAAAGUCUCUGGUGGUGUAGCAAGAAAUAAUGUCAAGUGUUGCUCUCUUUCUAAUGGAGACAUAGUGGUUCUUUUACAAGUGAAUGUUGGUGUCGAUUUUUUGAAUGACCCUGUUAUUGAGAUUCUUCAGUUUGAGAAAUCUCGUGAGGGAAGUUUGUCUUCUGAGACUCAGGAAAACUUAGUUGAUGCAAAUCAGGACCCAUGUGGAGAAUUGUUAAAAUGGUUGCUUCCAUUGGAUAACACACUUCCGCCUACAGCUCGCCCUCUAUCUCCUCCUUUAACUUCCAAUUCAGGAAUGGGUAGCACAUCUCAAAAGUCUGGUUCUCAACUCUUCUCCCAUUUUAGAAGUUACUCCAUGUCAUCACUACCACAAAAUACUACACCACCACCUGCACCUAUUAAAGCCGCCAGUUCUAAGCCAACCUUUGAUCUUGAAGAUUGGGAUCAGUCUUCAUCUCAGCAGUUCUGGAAGAGUCAAAAAACUGGUUACGAGGUGCUUUUAUCUUUUCGAGGUGUGUCAUUGGAGCGAGAACGAUUUUCUGUUCGUUGUGGAUUGGAGGGAAUCUAUACUCCAGGAAGAAGGUGGAGGAGAAAACUUGAAAUUAUACAACCUGUAGAAAUCCAUUCUUUUGCUGCUGACUGCAAUACAGAUGACCUUCUCUGUGUCCAGAUAAAGAAUGUUUCUCCAGCACAUGCACCACAUAUUGUGGUAUAUAUAGAUGCUAUAACAAUUGUAUUUGAGGAGGCUUCAAAAGGUGGACAAUCCUUAUCAUUACCAAUUGCAUGUAUUGAAGCAGGAAACGACCACAGUUUGCCAAACCUAGCCCUCAGGAGAGGUGAAGAGCAUUCCUUUAUUCUUAAACCGGCAACAUCCCUGUGGAAGAAUCUCAAGGCUGGUGGUGAUAGAAGAACUCAAUCAUCACAACUGCAGGCUGGAAAUGCAGCAUCAAGUUUGCGUCCACCAUCCAAGGCUGUUGAAUUAAAGAGGAGUGCUUCAACUGCUGAUCAGUAUGCAAUUAUGGUAUCAUGUCGGUGCAACUACACUGAGUCGAGAUUAUUUUUCAAACAGCCAACAAGUUGGCAGCCACGUGUUUCAAGGGAUCUUAUGAUCUCUGUUGCAUCUGAAAUGUCUGGACAAUCUAGUGCACCCAGUGGAGGGGUCUCUCAGCUUCCUGUUCAGGUCUUAACUCUUCAGGUUUCAAAUCUAAUGUCAGAAGAUCUAACUCUGACGGUUCUUGCUCCAGCUUCAUUCACUUCCCUUCCUUCAGUGGUCUCCUUGAAUUCUUCACCUUCUUCACCAAUGAGCCCAUUUGUUGGUUUUCCUGAGUUUACAGGAAGGAGUCCUACAAUGCAGAGGCUAAGCUCACCGCUCCUUUCAUCAAAGAAUCAGAAACAAAAUGGUACAGGUGGAGUUUGGCCAGCUUCUUUCAACGAACAGGCUUCUCCAAUAUCUGAUGCCAUUCCUAGUAAUGGUUUGUGUUGUACACAUCUGUGGCUUCAGAGUAGAGUUCCACUAGGAUGCGUUCCCUCCCAAUCUAUGGCAACCAUCAAGCUUGAGCUACUUCCAUUGACUGAUGGCAUAAUCACACUGGACACACUACAAAUUGAUGUCAAGGAAAAAGGUCUUACUUAUAUACCGGAGUACUCACUGAAGAUUAAUGCGACUUCCAGCAUUUCAACUGGGAUUUUUUAAGAAAUAUCUAGUGCGCCGUGCAUUUCUUUCAACAUCUUAAACUGAACCGUGAAGGAAUUUUUGAACUGUCACUUGUGUAGCGAUCAAGCAUCGGGUGCGUGACAACAGGCACCGAGGUUUCCCUUGGCUUUGUUUAGUUGGAAUUCUCAUGUCAAUUCGUUCUGGUAGAAAUAUAAGGUCACAGCGUGUGUUGUAAACCGUGGUUUGAGAAUAGGGAUUGUUUGAUACCCCUUUACCCCUUCCAGUGGGUGACUGUAUUCUCUGUAGAUGAAUCUACUUGUGUGAUAUGUAAUCAUUUAAUACAGAAAAAAUUGUGUAGCUUCUUAUUGAGUUGACUCUUUGUUUUCCAUUCAAAAAUUAAUUUCAAGUUUUUAUUUUUACUU